ACAAACAUUAAUCAGCUUCUAACAACUUCACCUCCAACCUUCAAUCAGAUUCUCAACGCUUCCUCUCAAGUUGGGUCAGGUCUCAACGUUUCAUCACCAAAGCUUUCUGGGUUUUCUCUGAUUUGGGUUGUUUCAAUAUACAGCGCUUUCCAUCCGUUGAACUUCUGCGUUUUUGCUCUGUUUUUCUUUCUGGGGUAUUCUUGAAUCCGGAUUUUGUUAUCUGGGUAUUGAUUAGAAUGGAGGAAAUAGAUAUUGAUGUUCCUCCUUACUUUCUCUGCCCGAUUUCUCUGGAAAUCAUGAGAGAUCCGGUGACGGUCUCUACAGGGAUAACGUAUGAUCGGCAGUGCAUAGAGAGAUGGAUAUUUACUGUCAAGAACAAUACGUGCCCAGUCACAAAACAAAUCUUGUCAGACGUUGAUCUAAUCCCAAACCACACUCUCCGACGAUUGAUCCAAGCAUGGUGCAUCCUCAACGCUUCCAAGGGAAUCGAAAGGUUUCCAACGCCGAAACCGCCCGUCGACAAGGCCGAGAUCGCCAAGAUACUCAAGGAUGCUAAAUUGCCACAGUCGCAGAUGAGAUGCCUUCGGACUCUCCGAUCGAUAGCAUCGGAAAGCGAUAGAAACAAGAGAUGUAUGGAGGCUGCAGGAGUAGUUGAGUUCUUGGCUGCAAUAGUUAAGAACGACAACUCUACUUCAAUGGAAGACUCAGUGGAGGAUGAACUGGAGUUCACAAGAGCCAGUGAUGAAGCACUCAGCAUUCUUUGUCAUCUCCAAAUCUCACAAGCCAGCCUCAAGAGCCUCGUCAUGAGCAGAAACAGUGAGUUCGUAGAGUCCUUGCUAAGAGUCUUACAACGUGGGAACUACCAAUCUCGAGCUUACGCUGCACUGCUAUUGAAAUCCAUGUUUGAGGUAGCCGAUCCAAACCAGUUGAUCAGCUUGAAACCCAAACUGUUCGUCGAGAUCGUGAAUGUGUUGCGUGAUCAAAUCUCAACCCAGGCUUCGAAGGCUGCUCUGCAAGUACUUAUCGAGGUGUGCCCAUGGGGACGAAACAGGAUUAAAGCCGUGGAGGCCGAUGCAGUUGCAGUAGUCAUCGACCUUCUUCUCGAUACAUUUGAGAAGAGGGCUUGUGAGAUGAUGUUGGUUGUUUUGGACCAGCUAUGUGGUUGCGCAGAAGGCCGAUCGGAGUUGUUGAAGCAUAGCGCCGGGAUCGCCGUUGUGUCGAAGAAGAUACUUAGGGUCUCGCAUCUGGCAACCGAAAGGGGAGUGAGGAUACUGUCGUCCAUAUCAAGGUUCUCUGCAACUUCAGGUGUUGUUCAGGAAAUGUUGCAUCUGGGUGUUGUUUCUAAGUUGUGUUUGGUACUUCAAGUGGACUGUGGCGUCAAGACCAUGGAGAGGGCUAGAGAUAUCCUUAGGUUGCACUCUAGGGCUUGGAAGAACUCUCCAUGCAUUCUUCCCCGUCUGCGCUCUUUUUAUCCAUCAUCUUAAUCCAAUAUUAUCAGUCAGGGAGAGAGAGAGAGAGAGAGACAGAGAGAUCAUACAUUGAUUUAGUGUAAAUAAUUCUUGGGCUGGAGAACAAUUUCAAAUGCCCACAACAAACAUUUAGUGGAGAGAAAGAAAUUCUUCAGUUCUUUUAAAGCACUCUCUGUUUUCCAUAUA